AUGUUUCCAGUAAACUUUGCAGAGAUUCGACUAGUGAAGCCAGACGACUUUGUUUUUGACAAGACCAUAUGCACAGAGGAAACUAACAAACCAAAGAUCCUUCGGGAAUAUUCAAAGGAAGAAAAGGCCUGCAUCCUAAAGAAACGGAUACUUGCGGUCGCAGGCAGAAAGGGUGGAUGGCCACAGAAGAAGGCUUCGAGAAGGGAGUCCGAGUCAAUGUGGGAUGUGGAUCUAUCAAGGGCAGACCAAGGCCAUUUUGACCAGAGAGGAAACUUUAUUCUUGGAACACCCCGGAGUCCUUCUUUUUCAUGGCUCGUAAAGAAAGAGGGAAGCAUCUACGGUCCAUUUACCGGGCGAGAGAUGAAAGAAAAAGUAAACAGUGAAGAAUUGAAAGGGACAGAGAUCAGAAGAGACAUAGACAAAGGGUUUGUAUCUUACGAUAGCCUAGCCAUCGACCUUGGGGAUUUCCUUUCAUCGGAGAAGCUUGACGAGUACUUUGAGAUGCAUGCAGCUAUUAAGAAGCCUCUUGAGAAGUCCCAGGAAUUUUUUGAAGAUCUUUCCUCAUUAUCGCUGAAGAGGCAUCCAAAAAAAGAUCUUGACCGCUCGAAGAUUCUUGAAGGCUGUGUCAAGUCAAGGAACUUUCUUCAUUCUAGAAAUCCAUCGGUCUCCCUUGGCUUUAUGGAGAGAAAGAUCUCUGGAAAGUCAUUCUCAGAUGCCAUAAAAAUAAUCUCUAAUGUCGCCGGGUUCAACAAAGCUGAAUGUGAGGAGUUUCUGAACCUAUUUCUUGACGAAUCAAAGCUCUCAAUUCUCUCAGACAUUUGCCCUGAUGGCUUUGUAAAGGUUACAUCUGUAACAAGAAAAGGAUCCAGAAGGUAG